AUGUCUGCUCCAGGUAUCGCAGUAACUACUAGAAAUGCAAUUACGACAUCCCACAGAACUCUGCUUUUGAAUCACCACAAGUACUUCCCUCCCAACAACAUGGCGAACGAGUACCCGCGAGAAGACGCGCUAAAAAUGUGCUAUCGGAGACUUAUCAGGCUUAAGCCUUUGAUCUCUCAACGGGACAUGGUAAGAAUGACAUAUGUUCAGUAUCUGCGUUAUAAGUUCAUAACUGAGGAUUAUUCUAAGAAAGUGAGUACAAGUUCCAUAUCCCUUUCAGGCCUGGAAACCGAUGUAGUACGUCAAGUAGAAAACAGCCUUUACUUUUGCUUGAAAGCUGUAUCAGAAGUGAAAAAACGAGUACUUGGCGAAGAGGCAGUCUCGCAGGAGAGUCGAAUUGCAAGAAAUAUAUUAAAAAAUAUUUUAACCAUUGAGUUUGAAAAGGCCACGCUGAUUGCUAAGGACCCGCAGCAGAACUUUCCUAUAUUAAGAAAAUCCUUCAACUACCUGUCACCAUCUGCUAGCAAGUCGCCAGCACUUUUAAGAUUUAAUUCACUCAGAGAGUUCGAUCGAUGUUUGAUAGGCCUCAAUGAGACACUCGGCACACGUCUGUAA